UAAAUACUGGACGCACCUUCCUGUUCUGUUCUAGCUACCCUGGGGAGAAAGAAAAAGAAAAAAAUUGGCUUUGGGAUUUCCCAGGAGUAGUAUUGUUGGGGGAGGUCGGUGCAUUUGGAGGAAAGAGAGAAUCUUCACUGCAUAAGUAUGUUGUGUGACGUACCGCUUGUUUAAAAACACAAAAUCCCCACUUCUAUGGAAAACGACCUCCUCUUUUGACCAUAUUGCAGAGCAGGGCUGUGAGAGCAGCAAAGAGGAAUCCGGAAGAUUCCAACAAGUUCUCGGGGAGAGGCUAUCUAAAAAGUCCAGAGCUCCACUCUUUUCUGUGAGAGGAAAUGGCAACCAAGAAGGGGUCUGCACCGGCUGGCAGAUGCCAGGCCACACCAGCGCCUUCAGGCGUCAAAAUGGAGGAACGUGACACAGCAGGCCCCAAACCAGCUGAGGGAGCAGAAAAGGCAGGGAAAUCUCCUCGUGUCCUUCAGGUUGGGACCAUCAGGGAGUUCCUUGACUGGGCCGCCCCGCUGCAAGUGAAACAGGAGCCCGAUGAGGGUUUGCCCGAAUGCUGGGAAGCCCAGUGGCAAGAGUUCCUCCGGGCCAUGCAGUCUUCUCACUUGGGGUGGGGCAACCCACCUGUGACAGAGGAGGCUGCGCCAUGGGGGGACAACAAGGCCUUCUUCGCCUCCUUCGAGCGGCUAGCUGGGACCUGCCACUUGCCUCGACGGGAGUGGCUGGCCCGCCUGCUGCCUGUCCUGAGCCGGGAGGCCAAAGAGGCCUACAGCAACCUCAGCCUGCAGGACCGAGGGGAGUACGGCAAAGUCAAGGCGGCCAUUUUGAAGGUGGACGCCAUCCGCAUGGAGACGCAGCGCCAGCGCUUCCGGCAGUUCCGCUACCAUGAGGCCAAGGGUCCCCGGGAGGUGUGCGGCCAGCUCCGUGAGCUGUGCCGCAGUUGGCUGAAGCCGGAGAAGCACACCAAGGAGCAGAUCUUGGACCUCCUGGUUCUUGAGCAGUUCCUCACCCUCCUGCCCCAGGAAAUCCAGAGCUGGGUGAGGGAGCACGACCCGGAGACCUGCGCCCAAGCAGUGCCUCUGGCCGAGGCAUUCCUGCUGAGGCGGCGAGAGGCCGAAAGGAAGGAAAAACAGGCACUGGAAGCCCCAGCUGUGAAUCGUCCCGAGGCAAAGCCAUCUCCCAUGGGUCCCGGACUGAAGCGGCUGUGCAGAGAGGUGAAGCAAGAGGAAGCCAGAGCACUGGACAAAGGUAGCUCCAGCAGUGACUAUGUGGAGAGGAGAGGAAACCGGAGCACAGAAAACGGCCUGAAGACUCCUAGCAGAGCCCGGCCGGGGGAAAGGCACUUCCAGAGUCCUGAGGGCAGGAAAGGUUUCCACCAAAACCCGGCCCUCAUUAAACACCAGCGAGGCCACGCGGCAGAGAGUCCCCACCAGUGCCCGGAUUGCGGAAAGCACUUCACUCAGCGCUCCAGCCUUACCAUCCACCGGAGAAUCCACACGGGGGAGAAGCCGUACCCUUGCCCCCAGUGCGGGAAGUGCUUCCGCCAGAGCUCGAACCUUCUCAAACAUCAGAGAAUCCACUCCGGCGAGAAGCCGCACCAGUGCCCCGAGUGCGGGAAGUGCUUUGCUCAGCGCUCAAACCUUCUCAUCCACCAGAGAACCCACACCGGUGAGAUGCCCUACGUGUGCUCGGAGUGCGGGGCCUGCUUCAGCCAGCACCGAGGCCUGGUCACCCACCAAAGGAUCCACAUGGAAGAGAUGCCCUACGGCUACGGCUGCCCAGACUGCGGGAAGUGCUUCCAGCAGAACUCGGACCUCACCAAACACUUGAGGGUCCACACGGGAGAGAAGCCGUACAGUUGCCCUGAGUGCGGGAAGAGCUUCAGCUACAGCUCGAACCUCAGCAAACACCAGAGGAUCCACACGGGCGAGAAGCCCUACCUGUGCAACGUCUGUGGGAAAAGCUUCAGCCACUUGUCGACCCGGAACACGCACCAGAGAGUCCACACGGGGGAGAGGCCGUACGGAUGCACCGAGUGUGGGAAAAGGUUCAUUUCCAGCUCAAAGCUAACGAGACACAUGAGAACGCACUCGAUAUACACCCCUUACAUCUGCAACGAGUGUGGGAGGAGCUUCAGCACUCACUCCUCCCUUACCACACAUCAGAGAAUCCACUCUGCUGAGAGCUACGGCAUGGGGAAUUCUUGGGAGGCUGCUGAGCAGGGGCCCAGCAGCCUCUCUGGCCGGGUAUCACUUCUGUGACUGGUGCCUCUUGCCCUGUCCCUUUAUGAUUUAGCCUUUCCUGGUCACACAGGUCCAUCUCAGCACUCGUAGAAAGGGCGCUAGUCCCUAAGGUGUUUGGAAUCAGGAGGACCUGCGCAAUGCAGACAGGAAGCGGGAAUAGAGGAGGGUCUAGGAUUAGUCUGGUGGUUUUUUGGAAAAUAGAAGUAGGCUGAGAAUAGGAUAGUAAGGGGGAACGGAAGCGAGAUUUCAGGCUUAUAUUGGCGGUUAGUUUUAGAAGCGGUGUGAUGGCUAGUGCAGAACAGAGGAGCAAAGAAGCUUGUCAUAGGCCGCUUCCCCAUCAGCACAAAUGGGCCUCCUUUUAGCAAAACGUGCACCUAGCUGCAGUUUAGCGAUGCAAUAGCUAGAUAGAAACUCCAGUUGCAGAGGCAGUAUAUCUUCAAACCAUUUGCCUGGCACAAGGCAACAGGAUUAAAUUAUUUGAUUCCUACCAUUUUUGUUAGCUUAAUGGUAAGUAUCUAGAUCAGACCAUGCCACGCCCACCACGCCCCCCAGCUUGAUGCUCUCCAGCUGCUUUGACAACUCCCAUCCUCCCAAUGCUGGCAGGGGCUGAUGGGAGUUGUAGUCCAAAACAGCUGGAGAGCUCUAUAAAUUGGGAAAGGUGGUCUAUUUGGGAAGUGGAAUCCUGGAUUAAGAUGGGCAGUAAAGUUGUUCAGAUAUUUUGAGAGGAGAGUGUUGCUUAACUACAAAUCAUCUUAAAAAAAUUAAUGCAGCUACUCAACAACAAAUUCUCUGGGUGGCUUACAAACAAGACAAUAUUUUAAAAAGUUAAAAUAAUAAGCAAUAAAAUGUGGGAGAAGGGGGAAAAUACCUCUUUCCUUGGCAGCAAAAGAAGCAUAAGAAAUCCACAGCCUGGAUUAAGCUACCCUAAGCUACAGCAGCCCACCUUAGAGGGUUGUUUGUAAGGAUUCUCGGAAUGCAGGGCACUUUGAACAUUCUAAAGUGCCCCAUCCUUCUGUGUCCUCCAUCAAGGAAACGGGUGUUAUAGCGGAGGUUAAGGACCAUGAAAACACUCUAGGCAGAGGAGAAGCAGGGCUAGGAGGGUUGUGGCCUGGGAAGGUAAAGGUAAAGGGACCCCUGACCAUUAGGUCCAGUCGUGACCGACUCUGGGGUUGCGCGCUCAUCUCGCAUUAUUGGCCGAGGGAGCCGGCGUAUAGCUUCCAGGUCAUGUGGCCAGCAUGACAAAGCUGCUUCUGGCAACCAGAGCAGCACAUGGAAACGCCGUUUACCUUCCCGCUGUAGCGGUUCCUAUUUAUCUACUUGCAUUUUGACGUGCUUUCAAACUGUUAGGUUGGCAGGAGCUGGGACCAAGCAACGGGAGCUCACCCUGUCACAGGGAUUCGAACCGCCGACCUUCUGAUCAGCAAGCCCUAGGCUCAGUGGUUUAACCACAGGGCCACCUGUGGUUUAACCACAGCGCCUGGGAAGACGGGGUACAAUUUGGAGAGUCCAAGGGCAUCUGCCUGCCCCACAGGCCCCGUGGUUCCCCCUGCCUGACCAAGAAACAAAAAGCACUCAUUUUUGUUAUUAAGCAGCGACCAGAUGGGUUCACAAAGGGUAGGUCCAUUAGUGGCAAUUAGUCUUUGUAGCUUUAUGAAGCUUCUGGGUUCAGGCACAGUGUAGGACCGGUUUCCUGGUGGGUGGGAGGAGCCAUCAGGGGGGUGGCCUUUGCUUCACAUCCCACCUGUGGGGGCUACCCAGAGGCAGCUGGUUGGCUUCAUUGCAGAGAAAAUUUCCGGACUUGAUGGGCUUUUGUUCUGAUCCAACAGGGCUUCCUUAGGAUGGAAUUGAGAAAGUUAAGGUUGAUUCUCAGUGGCUGGGGGAUGCAGGGGGAAUCGGGCAGGUUCAGGCCACACCGUAGACCUUACCCCACCUUCCUCCUUUGUAAGUAACUCACUGCCACCUGUCCCUUUGAGACAAAAUCCAUCGCUUGAGAACAUUGCCAUGCUGAGAGUUAAAUUUGCCCUCCCUUCCACUGGCAGCAGGAAGCGGCCUGCAGGGGGCGCUGUGGUGUGUCCAUAGACCUUUAGCCUAUUGUAUGAAUCAGAGCAGUUGCUCUGCUCCCUUUCACCUCUGGCCUCACCUGCCCCUGGCCCCUGGCAGGUGCCCCAUGAGGCAAUGUGGCCCUUGAGCUAAAAGAAGCUCCCAACCCUUGCUCUAUAUUGAUACCACCCACAACAUUCCAGAAACUGCGCUCGUAAAUAGCCAACCCUGGAGGUGUCUGUGUGUGUGUACCUCAAACCUGAGAAGGAGGGGGAAUGGUUAGAGGUGCCUCAGAACCACCUAGGUGGCAUUGCGGAGGCCCAUUCAAUUUUCCACAUGCUGCCACUAUAACGUUACUGCUGUUAUUGGGGAUAUAUGGUCUAAGCCAGGGGUCAGCAAACUUUUUCAGCAGGGGGCCGGUCCACUGUCCCUCAGACCUUGUGGGGGGCCGGACUAUAUUUUGAAGGGGAAAAAAUGAAUGAAUUCCUAUGCCCCACAAAUAACCCAGAGAUGCAUUUUAAAUAAAAGGACACAUUUUACUCAUGUAAAAACAUGCUGAUUCCCGGACCGUCCGCGGGCCAGAUUUAGAAGGUGAUUGGGCCGGAUCCGGCCCCCUGGCCUUAGUUUGGGGACCCCUGGUCUAAGCAUUGCUACACAUGUAGAAAGCAAGUGGAAAUCCUGGUUUGAAGAGCAGGUCCACUCUGCACAUUUGAGGCAUGUUCAGUGCACAUUCAAAGCAUGUGACUCCCCCCAAAGCAUCCUGGGAGCUUUAGUUUCCCAUUCACGGCUGCUACACUCGGUCGAGGUGGCAGAGGGCGCCCUCUUGGCUUUUCAGAACCUUCAUUUGCCUGCACCUUCCCAGGCUGGCAAGAUCACUCCAGCCAUGAGCUGGUUUUGCUUCCAAAGAUCAAUCUGAGGUGAGGCACCGGGUGUCACAGAAUUGUGGAGUUGGAAGGGACCACGCAUGCCAUCUAGUCCAAACCCUGGCAAUGCAGGAAUCUGUUGCCCAACGUGGGGCUCGAACCCAUGACCCUGAGAUUAAGUGUCUCGGGCUUUAACGACUGAGCUAUCCCUGAUCCUACUCCACAGACCUUUGUGACAAAGGACUUUACUGGCAGCACCUGAGUCCACUUUCCUGCUUGGCAUCCCAAUGGUUGCAAGAUUGUUGGAGAGGUGCAAUAUCCUAGCUUGGGGAAACAUGCAGACCAGCUCAUAUUCGGGACCAUGGACUCAGUGAGACACCAUCAGAGGUGAAAAUGCCACAUGGUAACAGGGUGCUUGUGGUGGGUUUCAUUUCUUACAAGCUGUCAGAGGGUGGCCACAGCUGGAAUGAGCUUGAAGAAGGCAGGAGGACUGAGUUGGCUGUUUCCCCCUCAUGGAGCUACAAUUCCCAGGACCCUUAACAAACCACAAUUCCUGAGAUUCUUUUACAGGGGGACAACAUGUGCUUUAAAUAUGCGUUGGGUGUGCUUUAAGCUCAUGGUGUGGAUUUGCUCUAAGAAGUUGACCUCGAAAGAUUGCUUCCCACAAAGGUGAGGUGGAGAUUUGUAUUCUCCCGCAGCGCUGGACUCUGUAGAGAGCACCCCUGGCUGAAGGCCGGGAUUGUGUAUAUUUUGUGUGUGUGUUUUGAAAAUAAAAUAAAAAUCGAGGCAUCAUGUGCUUGAGCUGUU